AACAGCCGUAGCCGUGACUAUACACACAGUGGGCCAGUGGCCGAGCACGUAUCACGUAACCUGAAGAGAUGGCCUGGAUGCCUUUUUUCGUCGUGUACCGUUACCGUAGAAUAACUUCUGCGAUCAUGCCACUUAUUUUACUUUGUCCCCAUCGUUCACCUGUUCGAUUGUAUGUUACGACCUGUGCUCUAUUAGCAUCAAGGUUUAACGAGAAUAGGAACCGAACGAGUUUCUCCCGCGGAAACGUUGUUCAGUCCAGUUCUCGUUGCUCACUCUGCGUGGUCAGUUGAAACGAUCCCAUCGAUACUUACAAACGAAUCGGCGGGAAACGAAACAUAAAAUACAAAGAAAACACAUCAACGAUCGUUAAGGCAUUCACUGAUAUUCGCAGGAAGUGAUUAACACAUCGGAAGUGCAAGAUGAGAGUUACGCUCGCCUUAGCUGUAAUCCUCCUUGUUUGUAUCAGCAUUCAAUGCGUUGAGAGCAAAGUAAAGAAGACAACACAGUUGUCUCUACAAAGCAAAGAAACGAACGUAGUGAACUUCAUGAGAUUACUCGUGAUGAGACUUGUGUUUGGAGUUGCAUCGGCGAUGGGUCUCGGUGAAAAUUUGUCCGGUGUGCUCGGAGGGAUUUUCGUACCUCCUGGAGCAGAUGAUUACAGUGACUAUGCCGAUGAUGAUUUCAUAUCAGAUUUGUUUUAAUAAUAGUGCACGUUAAGGAGCAAUUCGAACAUACAAUUGCGAACAUCGAUCGAUUCGAAUUAUGAUUUUGCAUUUGAUUCUGUUUCGUCCUAAAAUUGAUGCACAAAGUCUCAACCAAAGUGUAUGUAUAUACUUGCGUUUUUAUACCGUUAUUCGUCAUAUUUUCCGUAUAGAACACUCGAAAUGUGCAAUAACCGAAGAUGCAUCAUCAUUAGCAGUCUCUACUCUCACCUUCUGUUUUAUUAUUGGUAAUGAAAAUAUUUCUGAUUCGAACAACUUAAUAUUUUUAUGUGCAGAAAUAAAGAUAUAUUAUUUUA